AUGCUUGAGGCAAGGAUGCAGCGGGUUCGCUCUGGCUCAGGGCACGCGCUCCCACCUCCAGAGCUCCCAGCGAUUCACCCAUCAUUUAUCCAGGUAGCCAGGCCUUAUAUGUUUGAGCAGACUAUUCAUGAGUGCAUCCAGGCCAUGGGCAUAAAUACCAUUCGAGAAGAAUCACUACGUUUGCAGGGAGUUUCGUGGAUUGACAACGUGCGAAAAGUGCUCCACCUGCCAGUGCGGACGUAUGAUACUGCCGCGAUGUACUAUCAUCGGUUCCGGUUGGUACAUCCGGAUAACGAGUAUAACUUCAUGGAUGCGGCGGCUGCAGCAUUAUUCACUGCAUGCAAGACUGAAGAUACACUCAAAAAGUCAAGAGAUAUUGUGUGUGCAGCAUACAAUCUCAAACUGUCACCAUCAGAACACCUUGCUCCAGAUGAUCCAGUAGGUCACCAGUCCAGAGUCUCCCAUUAUUCCGUAAGGCCGAAGAUGAAUACUGACCCCGAUGACUCUCAGAUUUUUGACAAUAAUUCCCGAGGGAUCAUUGGACUGGAAAGGCUGAUGCUAGAGGCAUCAGGUUUCGACUUCCGCACCCGCCACCCUCACAAGACUCUAUUCAAGCUGGCGCGUCGCUACGGAAUUUCCAGAGAAGUCUGGAGCCUAGCCUACCGCAUUUCACUAGAUCUUUAUCGCACAUUUGCGCCACUCAAACAAUCAACACCACCCUUGGCAUUCGGCUGUCUCGAACUCGCCAGCCGACUCUUAGAUCAGCGUAUCGAGGCCCUAGAGUCCAGAGAAGAAUAUGAGCAGUGGCACACAACCCGUGAAGAAGUUAUGGAAACCCUGUUCGAUCUCCUAGAGCUCUAUACGCAUCACCGUUCCUCAACAUCUGUUGGACCGGAUUUCCCGGCAGACCGGUUUUUAAACGUCCGCAUCCCACUGAACCAAGAAGCCGGAGAGAACAGUAUCCGUCGAUUCGCAUUCUGGGUGGAGCCACCAUAUGACCCGAGGACAUUGAACGAGGGUCGUAGGAAAUCCAUAGAGCAGCGACCUUUGCACCCGUUGACACCUCUUGCCGCCAAUGGUGAACGCCACAGGGCGGAUAGGGGCCGGGAUGCGGCUGUCCGUUUUAUGCUUGAUCCAGCGGAGGCGGAGAGAGAAAAAAGCCAGGUUGAACCAUAUUUCAAGGUCGAGACUGAACAGUAUGAGGUUGAGGAGUAA